UAAAACCUCUUAAAAGUGCUUAUCUAACGUGCUUUUCAAUCUCUUCCUCGGCCAAAUCCAAUUCGUAGCAGAGCAUGGUGAUUAAUGGAACAAGAAAAUGAAAAUGAAGUUAAGAGAAACAAAAGAUACGUGAAGAUGAUGCCGACGCACAUUAAUGAUGGAAUUCGGCAACUAUUCUUGUGUGUGUCUGUUGGUCUUUGGGCAGCUAUUCUUGUGUGUGUGAACAACAUCAAUAUCGCUGAUUCUAUUAAGAAGAAUCAUAUUCAGGUCUCCAACACCAAAAAACCACUCUUCUUCUACGUAAAUCUCGCCAAGAAUAUGAUUACUAUAACACCCCAUUUUCUUUCUCAUGUGAUCAAUGAGUUGAACGACUCUGUACCAACUUUGCCCCACCUCGUGGCCAAUGAGAAAACAAUUGCUUCUCCAGGGCGUGGUAUUUUGGCCAUGGAUGAAUCCAAUACUACAUGUGGAAAGCGGUUGGAUUCAAUUGAACUAGAGAACACCGAAACUAACCGUCAAGCAUGGCGUAAAAUUAUAUAUGAAGAAAGUGUUAUGACUUAGUUAAAAUAUAAUUUUUAUGUGUAUGCUUUUAUAAUACUUGAAAUAUUAUGACUGUACAUGAUUUUGUAUAUUUUUUUGGUUAAUAUGAAAAAUAUUUUGACUUAGUUAAAAUUUGAUUUUUAUGUGUAUAAUUUUUAUAGUAUUUGCAAUAUUAUGACUGAAAAUGAAAUAUAACUAAAUGGUGUAUAUGAA